GACGCGCCUGCUGCUGCUGCUGCUGCUGCUGCCUCGCACGCGCCUACUUCGGCGUAACAGCAGCUUCUCCGUUGUGCAGGAGCAACAUCCCGCGGAGUGGAGCGUGCCCGGGGAAGAAGCCCUUCGCUGACGCUGCUCUUGCCCGUAGAGGGGGAAGUUGAGUUCCCCUCGCUCUCGGAGAAGUUUCAAAGGCAGAGAAGAAGAAGAUUUGCUUCAAUUGUCUAGUUGAGGAUGUGGGCUCAUGCUCUUGGCUUCACAGCCUUGCCGCAUGUUGGUGGGUUCCUUGGCUGGUUCUUUACUCGGAAGGAAGUGCCCACCUGGUUCGAAAGUUUGAAGAAACCAUCAUGGCGUCCACCCAAUAAAAUGUUCCCAGUUGCUUGGACUACGUUAUACACAAGUAUGGGUUAUGCUUCAUAUUUGGUGUGGAAGGAUGUUGAUGGCUUCAGCAGUAAAGCAGUAGUCCCACUGGGCCUUUAUGGAGCUCAGCUUGCUCUGAACUGGACAUGGACUCCUGUUUUCUUCGGAUACCAUAAAAUAAAGCUGGCAUUGAUCGACAUUGUGUGUCUAUAUGGGUUGGUGCUGGGCACCAUGUAUUCCUGGUACCCCAUUAACAAGACAGCAACACUGCUGAUGGUGCCUUACCUUGCCUGGCUGACCUUGGCUUCUUCUCUCACUUACUGCAUCUGGAGAGACAAUCCUGAAAAGGGAAAGAAGAGUGUAUAAGAAAGGAACUAGUAAUUUAAAGUCAUUUGGUGAAAGCAAAUAUAUGGAGAUCUAGUACUAUGGAUGGAAUUUAAUUUGGUUCAAUCAGAAUAUGGAUAAUAUUUAUAUUCUUCAAAAAAAUCAUUAAAAAUUACAGGAGUGUCCGAUUGCUUUGGGGGUUGGGUGGUAGUUGCCACCCAUGGGUGCCUACCACCCCAACCCAGUUUUGGAGGCUCGAACCUUUGAACCAGUUCUAAUCGGUUCAAAUAGAACCAGGCUCUGUUUGUUUCGAACUCAGACCAGCAUUGCCAAUUCAAAUCCCUGUUUGGUUUGAGUUUGAACCUUUGAACUGAACAUCCCUACCCAUAGCAACCAAUCCUAUUACAAUUCUCAUAAGGAGAAAGUGAAAAUACACACCCUUGCUCAAUAGCCAAUGAAUUUCAUAGCUUCCCUCAUUUCCUCUUUAACAUUUAUAGUGGGACAAAGCUGUUCUAUAUACAUUGCUUCCUUUAUCUUUUAUUUUCUCACAUCUGCCUCCACAGCCAAAAUAGAUAUCUUUGUAAUCACUGAUGUUUCCCUGUAACAUGCACUGCCCACAGCUUUGUCUGAUCUUUGUGCUUUAUGUCUGCCAAAUGUUCCUUGUAUCUUUUUAUCAAGGGUCUGCCUGUCUCUCCAGUAUAACACUGCAUGCAUUCCAUGCAAACCAUUUUAUAUACCAUGCCUUUUGUUUUACACCAUCCUUCCUUGUUCUCAAAAUUUUGACAAUCCUCCAUUUCACAUUUAUUAUCAUACAGUUUUGACUUCACUGGUUGCUGUCUCAAGGUCAUGGGGGCUGUACAAAUUACAUUAACUUCUAAACCAUGUUUCCUCAAAAUCCACUGUGCCUCCUAAUUAAAUCUAUCAGUCACAUAUGGGAUCUUAAGUACUGGGCACCCUUCUCUAAAUUUAGUUCUGCUAUACUCUUUUAUUGAAAAUUCAUAACCAUUGAUUUUAUUAAUUGAUUUGAUUUACAGAGAGCAAUGGGAGUAUUAUCAAGGGAGAACAUAGAAUUAUCUAGAAAGAAAGCACAGGAAAUUAUGAAAAUCAAUGGUAUAGCACUGAAGCUGAUGUCUUAUUACAUCAAAGCGUUUGCUGGUUCUGGACAUCUGUUUUUAUGUUUUAUGCAUUAAAGGAGAUCUUUGAGAAAGUUUAAUAUUUAGAUUGUACGCUCCUUGAGGCAAGGUUUUGCAUUUUUGUUUUAUUCACUGUAAAGAUUGUAUACAUUGCUACUGGGUACAUAAAAUGUUUUAUGUGUACAUUUAAAAAUGCAAUGUGUGAAUGCAACAAAUAGAUGUUUGCCAACACACAUAGCACAGAGGCAUAGCACAGAGGCAUUUCAUGGAGCUGGGACUGGAUUGAGUGAAAAUCAAUUGACUGCGUGCCUUCUCUCCAGUCAGGCAAGGAAUCAUUCUCUUCACAAAGGAAAGAUAUUCAAUACAUGCUCAGGGGCAUGUAUUCCCUAUGUAAUUUUUAAUAAAAUAUAUUUUACCUUUGAAAGAAACUUUCCACAUGCUCAGAAGCAUUCAGCCAGACUUUUUGUAAGUGAAGAAUGACAGUUCUGCAGAACUCACAACUGCCCAGAGGUUAGACAAACAAGUUCAGCUCCUUUGCAGCAGGGUGGAAAAGCCUGGCAUGGGUUCUGUAAAGUUCUGGAGUUUUCUAGAAGAGAGCAGUGUGCAUAAUUAGCACAAAUCCCUUUUUAUUGUUCAAAUAACUUUUGUUUUUAAAACUUGGCUAGUAUUUGACAAUUGACCAAGACUUGUUUUGUUUUUUAUGAUGGCUGAUCAAAUGCAGCUCUUUCCCCCAUUUUGGCUCUCAGUCCACCAGGAACAUCUUUUGUAUCUGUCCCAUUUGAACUGAAUGCAAAUUAUAUAAGAAUAUAGUCAUUAGACUGAAAACUGUGCCAUGUUCUCAAGCAGUUCUAAUUCACUUCAUUGGACCUUGUGCAGUGGAUAAUGACGAUGCCUCUAUUUCCUUUGGCCUAACUUGACCUUUUAAUUUCAGUGGGACUACUUUAAGUAAUUUUCCUCAUGUCAGCCUUUAACAUUUCAGUUGCGACUCAUGGGCAUCUAUCCAAGUUUGUCUAGUGAAAAAAAUGGUGAGGGGGAGGCAGGGAGAACAGCAGGUAAGAGAGCAGUGCAGCACCAUAGAUUUUGCACUUGUGUAAUGGGAGCAAGCAAUGAAUUAAAAUUAACAUACAUUUUGUGAUCUAACUUAGAGAUCAAACUAAUAGGAACAUAGGAAGCUGCCUUAUCCAAAGUCAGACCAUUGGUCCAUCUAGCUCAAUAUUGUCUACACAGACUGGCAGUGACUUCUCCAAGGUGGCAGGCAGGAGUCUCUCUCAGCCCUAUCUUGGAGAUGCCAAGGAGGGAACUUAGAACCUUCUGCAUGCAAGCAUGCAGGUGCUCUUCACAGAGUAGCCCCAUUAGAACAUAAGAACAGCUCUGCUGGAUCAGGCCCAAGGCCCAUCUAGUCCAGCAUCCUGUUUUGCACAGUGGCCCACUAGAUGCUGCUGGAAGCCUAUAGGCAGGUGUUGAGGGUUUGUCCUCCCUCCUGCUGUUACUCCCCGGCAACUGGUAUUGAGAGGCAUCCUGCCUUUGAGGCUGGAGGUGGCCUAUAGUCCUCCGACUAGUAGCCGAUGAUAGACCUCUCCUCCAUGAAGUUAUCCAAAUCCCUCUUAAAGCCAUCCAGGUUGUUGGCUUUCACCACAUCUUGUGGCAGAGAUAUUUCCUAGAGGGGAAUAUCUUACAGUGCUCACACAUGUCUCCCAUUCAAAUGCAAACCAGGGUGGACUCUGCUUAGCAAAGGGGACAAUUCAUGCUUGCUACCACAAGCAUGGUAGCCUGGUAGGAAAGCAUAGAGAACCUAAAAAGGAGGUAUAGCAAAAUUGCCACAGGAUUCUGCCAGCAGUGACCUCUUACUAGAAGCCAGUGGCUCUUACAAAGGUACAACUUGUUGGACAGUCUAUUCCAGUCUCCCAUUUUGAAUGUUAUUGUUCUGCUUCUUUGAGGAUUUAAUAUUGACUUGUUCUGAGAGAAGUUACAAAUCGUUUUUAAAAAUGAAAUUAAAGCAUUUAUUUAAAGAAAAUGUUUUGUUUAAUUUUGUUAUUGGCUGGUGCUUGUGUUGCAAAAUGGAUAAGGUGACUUGGGACUCUCUGGCUUGCAGGUUCCAAGCUGUUUUUUUAUUAGAGAACUCUGUUUGAAAUAAAGCAGAAGGACUGAUGCUUUGGAAUUAGGCUUCUUGAUUAACCCAAGGGAAUAAAAAGUUUGAUCCAGAA